ACUUCCCAGAGCCGGCAGACGGCGCCGGCGGCCGCGCAGGGACGGGUGGACCGUGCGUCCCGCUGCCCACCCUUCACGCGAAGCCGCCUGCAGCCUGGGGGCACACCGCACCCCAGGCACACCCCUCACUCCGAGAGCCAGAGCCGGCCAUGACGGCUCGGAGGGGCUGAGCCGCCUCCCGAAGACCCUGCGUGAGCCCGGAAGGGCCCUGCUGGCCGCCGCCCCCAGUCCCGCCCCCGGGAGCCAAGCGCUGCGCCCAUGCCGCUCACCCCGUGGUUCCGCUGGCACGAGGCGCUGCCCCGGCUGUCCUCCCGGAGUCCGGCGGAGAUGGUGCUGGAGACGCUGAUGAUGGAGCUGGCGGGGCAGAUGCGGGCGGUGGAGCUGCAGCAGCGCCAGCGCAACCACGCGGCCAGGAAGGUCCACACCGGGGCGGACUACAGCUGGCUGGCCAGCGCGCCCCGGCCCAGCUACGACCUGAGCCCCGGCGAGCGCCUGCAGCUGGAGGACGUGUGCGCCCAGAUCCACCCCUCCUACUGCGGCCCGGCCAUCCUCAGGUGA